AUGUCUAACGUAGUUAUGAUUUUAACAAAAAUACUAAUUAUUUUAUUUUUUUACGCGGUCUUUACUUCUGGUUGCCUAAUUACCAACUGUCCGAAAGGUGGAAAGAGAUCUGAACGUUUCGGACUUGUUGAAUCCAAUAUUAAGCAGUGUUUAUCAUGGCCAAGAGGCGAAGGUCAAUGUUUUGGGCCAAACAUCUGUUGUGGCACAUUCGGUUGCCUUUUUGGUACUAAGGAUACUCUACGUUGCAAACGUGAAGGCAUGUUUGAUACUAUAGAACCUUGUAUUGCUGGCAUAACUAAUUGUAGAAAAUACAAUGGUAGAUGUGCUUCAGAUGGAAUAUGUUGUAGUCAAGAAACUUGUCUCAUGGAUAGUCACUGUCAAUUGGGCCCAAAAGAUAUCAACGAAGAGGUUGCUGCAUUUGAAAAUAAAAAUUUCAUAAAUUUUCAAUCUGAUGUUUUGUAUAAGAAAUAGGCUAUGUAUUACUUAAAAAACUUAUAUAUUUAUCUUUUUUCGCGUUUUCUGCUUAAAAAUUAACAUAUUAUUCAUAAAUAUUGAAUAUAUUAAUCACACUUUAACCGUUUCAAAAUAAAUAUAGCGGAAAUUAAU